GUCACUGAGCAUCCCUCAAAGAUGAAUGGGUUAGCCUGCAGAAGAGCAAGCAAAAUGGCGGCUGUGAAAUGGAUGGAGGACGAUAGCGAACAGUAAUCAGGUGUAACGGUUAAUGUACAUACUGUUCACGUUUUUUCCGAAAGGCAAAGGUGAGGUUUCAGAUGAGAACAAGAAACACUUUUUUUGUCAGUGGACUGAACAAACUGUAAGAAUGGCUGAUUUGAAGGAGAAUGCAGGUGCUAAUGAGGAGACCAAUUAUGACUGUGUUAGUGACCGUCCGAAUGCAAAACCAACAUCAUUAAAGAGUCAGGCAUCAUCAAGGAAGAACAAUACUUCAAGUCUGCCUGAACAGCUGUCUGGGGACAGUUAUGAAAAAGCCUUAAAUGGAGCCCAGCCAUCUCUAUUUGUACAUAGUGGUGUUCCUGCUGUUUCUAUUGAAGACCUCACCUUGCCUAAAGGAACUGUUGUUAAUGGACCUGUUUCACACUCCACCUCGGAUAAGCUUUGUGUCCUGAAGAAAGGCAGUGUUUCAUUAAGUGCUGCCCAACCCUCAGAGCAGCCUGCUAAAGUUUCAAGCCCUCAGGUUUCACAGAGAGUUCAUGAGCUUAAGGUUCCUACUCCGCAAGCAGCUCAGAAAACAACACAGCAGCCAUUGAUGUUUUUUGUCCCCAACAUAGUGCCUGUUCAAACUCUGAGUGGUGCCAACAUACAACUACCUAGUGUAGCUGCCACCGAGUCUGAGGUGGAAAAGACAAGUGGAGAUGAGGAAAAAGCAGAGGAAAGACCCAUCAGUGAAACAAAGAAAAGUGAAGAGAUUAAAAUAAGGAAUACCAGAAAAGUGGAAUAUGCAGUGGUUUCUUCAGAAAGCUCCUCGGAUGAAUUUGACAGUGACCAUGACCUCAACUGGGAUCCUCAGAAAGAGUUUAUGCAGUUCCUGUUGGAUGGUAACGAUCAAGAUUUGGAGGAGGUAGAUGUAGCCCCCCAACCUACAGGUGAAAGGAGACGAAAGCGCAAGAUGGAUAUAAUCGAGAUGGAAGACCUUUCUGAAAAUGACUAUUCUGAUGUACAUUAUCCAUCCAAAAAAUCGAAAGUGGUGGAUGUUUUCAAAUACGAGCCAAGUUCUGCCAACCAUGUUUCGAUUAACAAAGUACACACCUAUAAAAAAAAGCCUGCAGUGCAAACAUCCGUGGAUUCUCGAACAAACUUCCCCUGUGAGACAGUGGAGGCGAUCAAGCAGUUUAUUUUCAGCUCGCCAGCAAAGAAAUGGCAUGAUGGAAAUAACACUGUUAAGACUGACAAGUUUCCUUUUGUGGGAAACAAGUUUUCAAAGAAAAAGACUGCGCCAUCACCAGUCUUAGGUGCUGAACAAGAACCGUCGUUUUACCCGUGCACAAAAUGCAAUGUUAACUUUAAGGAGAAGAAGCACUUGCACAGACACAUGAUGUACCAUUUAGAUGGGAGCACCCAGUUUCGGCACGUGGAUGUUCCAAGGCCCUUUAUAUGCAAAGAAUGUGGACGCUCUUUUCGUGAUCGCAACUCUCUACUGAAACACAUGGUUAUCCAUCAGGAGAGGAGAGAGAAGUUGAUGGAGGAAAUCAAAGGUCUAAAAGAACUGCAGGAUGAAGGCAGGAAUGCAAGAUUGCAGUGCCCACAGUGUGUAUUUGGAACCAAUUGCCCCAAAACAUUUGUUCAGCACGCUAAAACACAUCAAAAAGAUAAAAGGUACUACUGCUGUGAGGAGUGUAACUUCAUGGCAGUAACCGAACAUGAACUGGAGUGCCACCAAGUUGAUGCCCAUGCUGCUACAGUGAAGCCCACGUACAUAAUUAUACAAAGUCCGCAGACCAAAGGUGAGAAAAAUGUAACUGCGAAGUACGAUUUGCACAGUUCUCUUAAAAAAUCAACAACGUACACUUGUAAAAUAUGCCCUUUCAACACAUCAAGAGAAAAUGUCCUUAAAAAACAUGUUGAGUAUGUACAUCAGCAGCAAAACUGUGAAACGUCUAGAGCUGCCAUUGAGCAGCAGAAAUCUGUAAGUGAAUUCAAGAAAGCAGGUACCUACAGACUGCAGACGAGUCCGAAGUACGGUUUGGAGACACACAUUUUCAGAAAGGUGCCCGAAAAGCCAUCUUCGUCUGGUAGUUUUUCAGGACUCCUUAGAAAGAAUUUAAAUAGACAGAAAGCAAGGAAAGGGGCAAUCAACUCAUUGGCAGCUAAAUUGAGUCAAAGCAAUUCUAAAUCAUCUUAUUUACAAGGGACUGACAAGCAAAACAAGCUAUUCGUCCAUCAGCAAGCUGGAGAAAGUGAUGUGACAACAGGGUGUCUUUACAGAGAUGCAGAAGAAAACUACAGUGAGAGAGAGCCACAAUAUUCAAACUUGUUUCCAUUAAACCAUAAAAAGCGAAAUUCUAAGCCGAGCUACGCUAAGCUGCUUGUUUCAAAUGAAGAAGAAUCCAGUAGUUUCUUACCCGGUUUUGAUUCUGAUCAGAGCGUAGGGGAAAAUAAGGACUUGGUCAGCAGGAAUUUAAAAGAAAGAAGUUAUGUAGGAGGAGAUGUUUUGAAUUCUGAUGAUCAGUAUCCAGAUGCUCUUCAGAAAAAAACUGCUGUGGUUUUACAGAAAUUAAACCUACGUGUGAAGGAGGAGAGUGAUGAUUAUUAUUAUGAUGAUCCAGCAGAAGACAGCUUUGAAGACACGUAUGACUUCAGUGACUAUACAAGUGAAGCUACAGCCAAUUUUCUAGACUGCAGUGAAAAUGAGCAAAACCCUUACGCUAGGAACUACUUUAUCCGUAGGCAGCGGAGUCCAGUGAAAGGAGAUCGGAGUUUGGAUAACCGCUCCGUCAGUAAUGCCCAUGAGAACGAUAGCGAAACAAUACACAUGUUUAAAGUGAAGGAGGAAUGUAUUGAAACAGAAGUUUGCUCAGAAACUCAAGAAUCUGGUUUGGUGCCGCACAAUGGUUCCUUUUCAGAUUUGGAUUUGACACCGUUAUCUGUUGAGAGUAAAUCCUGCCCUUACUGCCCUGCUGUUUUUGAGUCUGGUGUUGGCUUGUCCAAUCACGUCCGAGGGCAUCUUCACAGAGUGGGUCUGAACUAUAACGCAAGGCAUGCUGUUUCGCCUGAACAGGUAGCAUCACAAGACAGAAAGCCACGCAUCCGAAGAAAGAUAGGCACUAUAAGGCGAAUUAAAAAAGCGGAGAAGUCUGAGUCACAAACUGAACACACAUGUCCUUUAUGUGGAGGAUGGUUUGACACAAAGACUGGACUGUCCAAUCAUAUCCGAGGUCAUUUAAGAAGGAUCGGUCAUCCAAAACAAAGUGCGAGUAAAUCCCCUGUAUGUAUUCUAAAUGAGAUUAUGCAAGACAAAGAAGAAUAUAAAAACAUAGUCAAGAUUCUGAACAAAAAACAGUUUUUAUCGAGACCAUACGUUUCUCAAAAGUUUGCCACCAGUGACGGCCUGUUCCUGUCACCCACUGGAAUACCAGUUAAAAUUCAGCACGCCAAUCAGGAAACAAAACCAUGGGGUAUAUCUGCAUCUCAGCAUGAAGAGCAGAGUCUGGAAAACAAACCGAAUGAGGCAAAACAAGUCAAAAGCUCUCCUUCAAGUUCACUAAUUGAGCUUCUGAAGAAGAAAAUGGAAGAGGAAAGGGACAUGAACCAGAACCUCUCCCACACAGCGAGAAAGCGACUCUCUGGGUCUCCUUCCAAAGAGAAUGUUGUAGCCCAUCAUCAUCCACUGAAGGUGGAUCUAAACUGGCAACCAGAAAAAGGUGAACUUAAUAAGAAAAUCUGUGUGCAUUGCAACACAACGUUUCCUAGUGCAGUUAGUCUGUCAAACCACGUGCGAGCUUAUGCACGGAGGAAAAGAGCCGCACUUCUGGAUGGAACAACUUAUGACUGCAAACAGAGGAAGCCCAGAUCGAGGCCUGGAACAAAGAAAAAGAUGUAUCCAUUACCUCACACAGCUGAUGAAACAUACAGACUAACUUGCAGGUUCUGUGACCUAGUCUUCCAAGGUCCGCUGUCUGUCCAGGAGGAUUGGAUCAAACACUUACAACGGCACAUAAUGAACGCAAGUGUCCCACGAACUGGUGCUGGCAUGGUGGAGGUGGCAUUGCCACCCAAAGAGGUGUCUUCAGUACCCGAACAUGCAGCUCCUUUACUGGUGCCACAGACAGCCUUGUGAUUUAAAGCAAAGCUAAAAAAAAAAAAAAAUGUUAUGAUUCAAAAGAUACCGAAUAUAUAUUUUAUAAUGCAUACCCACUGUACCAUCCCCUUUUUUAUAUCAACAUCUUUCUAUCAUUCAUAAAAAUAAAAGAGUCAGAUUAAAUACAAUAAUAACUUGGUCUCGAGUCUAAACUCUCCCAUCACUUCUGUAUUGCUGGGUAUUUUUCACUGAAUUUUAGCAGGGUUCGAAACACAAUUUAAGGAUAGUCAUUGAUACAAUGUUUUUCUUUCCAAUGGUACAUCUAAUUCACCAUGUGAAUCCACUACCAAAAGAACAACCCAUACCUCAAAUCAUAUUCUGUGCGUAGCCAGUUCUAGAAAAUACUGUUGGUAUCUAGUAGAUCAGUUCUGCAUGUACUGUAAACAGCCUUACACUAAAAACGGUUUAGAUGGAAUGAUAGUAUUUUCAUACCAGGCUAACAGUAUUAAACAUUACCUGUAGAGAUCACUGUAAAUGCUUUGAAAUAUUUUCAGAAAAUAAUCUUUACAAUAAUUUCAGAUGGGUGCCACACCCACCAGAACCAGGGUGACUGUUAUUGGUUAUCUAAUUUUAACUUAACUAUCUGUAAAACAAACAUGCAGUGUGAACAUUUCAGUUGUUUUUCUAGUUAACUGGUUUCCAGUAGUGUUUUAUGCAAUGAAAAAUCUGUUAAACGUAAAUUCUGUUUUACAUGUGAGAUCCUUUGUAAAUAUAAAACUUGGGAGGACUGUUUUUUCCAAAAAAUGCUAAUAAAAAAAAAAAAAUAUAUAUAUAUAUAUAUAUAUAUAUUAAAUAAAAAAAACUGGAAUUAAAACUUUGAGACCGUUUUUCUGAAAGUUUCAGUUUUAUAAAAAUGAAACAUUCAAGCCUAUUAAUAAUUGAUACAAUAAGCUUGUCUUAUUCCAUUGUUCAAGAACAUAGUUGUUAUUAUUAAGAGCCCUAAUGUAAAACUACCUUAUUUAAACUUAUUAACUGUGUCAGGGUGUGUGCUGAGAAUCUUCUGCAGAAGCUUUUUU